AAUAAAAACUGUGAGUUGUUGAGCGUUCGCGUAGUAUCGGUCGAGGGACCGGUGUCGCGCGCGCGCACCUAUUCACAACUCUGUAAUACAAAAGAAUAAAAUAAUAGAAUUAAAAUAUUUAAGAACUUGAAAAAAAAAAAACACAAAUAUUUAACUUUUAUUUUUAUUCUACGCAUAGUUUGAAAGUUUUUUUUUUUUAAUAGGAAAUUUCGUGUGUGGGUUAUGUUCAGAAUGGAUCCGGAGAAAAAGCAGAAUAACUCAGUGACCGUUGACGAUAUUUUGAGUAUUUUAGGACCGUUCGGUAGAUUCAAUAUUUGGAAUUACACGUUGAUAUUGUUCCCGGUUUUCCUCGCCGGAAUGUAUUCGUCUGUCUAUAAUUUCGAAGCUAUGGACCUCAAAUACAGAUGUACAGUUCCAGAAUGUGAGGAGGACCCGCAUAAAAACAACUACACGAUACCGCACGAAACGGACGGUACGCUAGCCAAAUGUACCCGGUACGCUCCGUUUGAGAACGGUACCCUAAACGGUACGCAUUGUUCGCCUCACUACUUCGACACUUCAACGAAAAUUGAAUGCGAUUCGUUUGUUUAUUUGGAAGAACAUAGCAUUGUUAAAGAGUUCGACCUAGCCUGCCAGGAUUGGAAGCGCUCACUGGUGGGCACCGUCCACAAUGCCGGCUUCUUCAUAUCGAUUCCACUGACCGGACUGAUAUCGGACAAGUACGGCCGGCGGCCCGCGAUCGUGUUCGCUUCGGUCGCGAACGGCGUGUUCGGCAUAAUACGAGCCUUGUCCGUUAAUUACAACAUGUUCGUUAUAUUCGAAUUCCUAGAGCCGGCGAUCGGCGGUGGCGCUUACACGGCUUGCUUUGUUCUCGCAUUGGAAUUGGUCGGUCCCAAAGGCCGAGUCUUCGUCAGUCUGCUAUUUAACACCAUGUUCAUCCUCGGGGGAGUGGCAGUGACUCUGCUGUCGUGGUGGCUCCAAAACUGGAGGUACCUCCUCUUCAUCAUCUACACACCAGCUGUCCUAGUGUUCGUUUAUAUCUGGACUCUAACGGAGAGCUUCAGGUGGUUGUUCAGCAAAGGACUAUAUAAUGAAGGCUUGGAUGUUCUCGCGAAAUCGGAGAGGCUUAACAAAGUCUUCGUGCCAAAAGACCAUUACGAGCAAGUCGAGAAACACGCCACAAAACAACGUGACGACAGAAAAUGCGAAUCUAUGGCCAGGAAUCAGUCAACCUUCAAGCAACUGCUUUCAUCAAAAAUCAUAUGGAAAAGACUAUUCACUUGUUCUUUCCUGUGGACCUCGUCUACUCUAGUGUAUUAUGGAUUAUCUAUAAACGCUAUAGAACUAUCGGGGAAUAGUUACUUAAAUUAUAUAGUUGUGCUGGUGAUCGAAGCUCCCGCAAAUGUUUGCAAGUUGAUAUUCCUGGACAGAUUCGGAAGGAAAAGAGUUAUUGCGGUUGCUUUUCUGAUGACUGGAUUGAUUCUUAUCAACUAUGGAUUUGUCCCCUCGGGCAACUGGUCGAUACUACUGUAUCUCGGUGGAAAGUUCUUCAUCACGCUCGCAUACAACUCUCUGUACGUGUUCGCCGCUGAGGUCUUCCCGACCAACUACAGAACUACGCUGAUGGCGAUGUGCUCAACGCUUGGAAGGACCGGUUCCACUGUGGCCCCCCAAACACCGUUAUUGACGAGAUACUACGAAUACCUCCCGACGUUGUUGUUCGGGAGCAUGGCCGCCAUAUCAGGGAUCCUGGUCCUCACGUUACCAGAGACAAACAACCAGAAGCUGCCUGAUUCGUUGAAAGAAGCUCAGGAGCAAGAGAGCCAGCCUCAGGAGCCGUCAAACGAAAGGAGUAAUGACACAAAAACAAGACUUUGAUUAUAAAUUAUGUAUAAUUUUUUUUUUUUUAAAAUACUAGUUAAUAGUUAUUUUUGCGAUAAGCUGGUAAUACCAUUGCGUUGUCUUAUAUAUAGCUCCUUGCCAUAGAUACUAAAGGAACACUGAAAAUCGAAUGUCAAACAUGUGUCAAACCAAUUUUUAAUUAAUGAUGGAGGGUAGGAGGAAUAAGGAGAGCGAUCAUAUACGGGGGAUAAGUUAAAAAGUAUCGAGCUGCAAGUAGCAAAUUACAACUUAAAAACCCACCAAAACAGCGCAUUGCAGCGCAAUGGAAUGGUACGAAUGUAACUAUUGUAAACGGAGUGAAGUGUGCUGAGUGUAAUUUAAUAAUAAUUUUUGGCGCCAUCUUUGACCAGUUGCUAUGGUGGCGCCACCUAAAUCGGUCACUUUUGGACGAACGCUUUUUUGUACAAGGCGAUUAUGCUCCUUGCCUUCAAUAAACACUUUUAAUCUUAGUGUAACCUUUAAAUUAUCAAUAAGAUAAAAUAAUGAGUUUCAUAUUGUUUUUCUUCUUAAAAUAGUUAGACAAUUAAAAGUAAUUGUGAAACAAACAGCUGGUAUUUAACAAAACAAACGUAAUUAUUUCGCAUUAUUUCGUGGUAACUUCGUAUGUAAAUACAGUUGCUAGUACAAUACAUGGUGUACUCUGAAAAUGUUAUACAAUAAUUAAUAACAAUAAUAUUGUUAAUGAAUGAUCAGACGUUGAGCAGACCUCUCUCUUUUUCCCUACCUAUUCGCUGGCACCAGCUACGCCCGGACGGGUAUGUAAGCUCACGGGCUCAACCUGAGAGAAUUUGCUAACACUAGCCCUAACAAGAGCAGUGCUUCGACGAGGACCCUCUCGUCGUGGCCGCCGGUAACCACAUUGUCGAUCCUGCGGACCGAAUGGUGAACAGUCAACGUCGCCCAAAACACGUUAUCUCGGAUCCUCUUGAUCUACUAACGGUGCUUUUAGGUACCCCAAGCACCGGUCAUUGUUCUCGUCGAACCCGUCGCUUGCGACGAAGGGCUCGGCGAGUAAAUUAACCCACAGACACAACCCACUGAGUCUUUCAGCGGAUAUUCUCAGUGGGUCUUGUUUCCAAUCUAUUUCUGCCUCAAAACACGCGUAAAAAGGUAAGAUGGCAUCUAUACGAUGCAAUCGAGAUAUUGAGCAAUCGAGUCUCUUUGUAUCAAAAUGGACUUUUGUGCUGUAAUAAAAAAAAUAUAAAUUGAUUUCAGAACGGUUCACACGAAAAUACAGUUGCAAUUUUAGUGAUAUGUUGAUAAGAAGUACUCUCUACUAGGUUAAUAUAAUUUAGAGGGAAUUAAAUUGACUCGAGAUUGUUCUUUUUUUUAAAUAAAAUUUAGAAUUUACAUAUGGCAGUUGGAAUAACUUCACCAAUGGAUUCAGUUCAUUUUCGUGUUUUAAAUUAUUUAACGUAAUUUUUUAAACAUGGUCAACUCGCGUUUUUUUUUGACGCGAUAACGUAUAAAUCGAUGAGCACCGGCUGCACGCGCGAAAAAGUAUCACGUUCCUCCUGGGCGUGCAAGCGAGAGCGCGGAACAAGCGAUAGAGAGGCACGAUCGGCCCAAGCGUUGACUUGUGACACAUUUAUCUCUCUUCUCGCUUGACGUCAGAGCUAGCAGCUCGCAUAUUCACUAUUGACGUUAUCACGUAAAUCUAUCGUCCAUAAACCGACUUUACAGACAACCAAUUUUUUUUUUGCGUAUGUAUCUUCCAUUGUGUUUCGUAAGAUUACGAGGCAUCGAUUGUUAUCACGCACGUCGUAAGACGAAAGGCUCGUGAUAAAUAAAUAAACUAAAUAAUUAUUAAUGUGUAAAUAAAUAAAUAAUUAAUGAGAA